UUUUGCGGUGUCACUUGAUGAUGAACUCUCAAUAGUAGAUAAAACAUGUGGACGCCAAAGUGCCUUACCUUUUUCAACUCAUUAGCAUGAAACAUUAUAGAAUUUCCUGCGAGCAUCACAUACUUUUCGUUCUUCCAUCCCCAGAAACUUAGUUUCAUUGGUGGAAGAUAAUGCCCUAAUGUACCCUCCACCCCAAGCACUUUUCUUUCAGCUUUCACUCGAUUGAGAGAACUUACUAAAGAGAAGGGAUAAGGCUUGACAUUUCCUUCUCUAGUACUGUGCCGGAGCAUGCCGAUCUGCCGCUUGAUACCUUAGAUUCUUUGCCUGCAGAAGCACUGAAGUUCUUUUCCGGGUGAUUGGUAUAUACACGAUAAUAGUAAGGUAAAUGAUCAUCAUUCUUGGAUUCAGCUAAACGGGAUGCAGCAAGAGUAUGAGACAUAAGUGAGAUGAUCACCAGCUCAAGAGAAAAGAGAAGCGGUUUUCAAGCCAAGGAAGUGGGAGAGAAAGGCGGUAGUCAGAUCUCAAAGGUGGCGCCGUUGAGUUUAAGUCGUCGGUCGUUGGAACUUCAGAAUAAUCCAAGGGUUGUUCGCAUCCCACGCACUUAUGGAGGUAAAGACAGGCACAGCAAAGUCUGCACUGUAAGGGGUUUGAGGGAUCGGCGAAUUAGGCUUUCUGCACCGACCGCGGUUCAGUUGUAUCAUCUUCAAGAUAAUCUAGGUCUGAGCCAACCGAGUCAGGUAAUAGAUUGGCUGAUUGAGGCUGCGAAGCAUGAUAUCGAAAAGCUUCCACCUCUCCACUUUCCUCAAGGGUUCAGCGAAGUGAUCAACCAACAAUUAUUGUUUCCCCCAGGAUUAACGACUCCCUCAAUGUCACCAUUCUUUGGCACAAGCCUUCCAUUCCCAAGGCAUGGACUAAUGAGUACUAGCUUCGCAUUACUAGCUGGCGGCGCAAAGAUGGACACCAAUGAGAAUUGUGUUCGGAGUGCAGAUUAUGGAACAUGGCUGAAAUCGAAGUACUAUUGGGAUGGGAUCUCAGUGUUGAGAGAAAGAAGCGACGAGUUUGAACGAGGGUGCUUUUCCGAUAAGAGCAAGCAGAUCGAUCUGAAUGUUCGAGAAAACCAAGAAACUAUCAAUUGCUCUGGAAAUCGGCCGGUCUCAGAUCAGAAUCUCCUUCUAACUAGCCUGCUAAACAAUCCCAUCGAAUAUCGGCCCUAUAUUCCUGAUAAUCAUUUGGAGCCCUCUCCCCACAAUUCAUCUUUAUCUCCAUUUGGGAGCUAUGAAUCAAUGUCACAAGGAGCAAACGUCCUCAACACCAACGAUGCUUGUUUAUUUCCGUCUUCAUCAAUAGGUCUCAAUUCACAGACUCAAUCUGUUCCCGGUCCAUCUAAGAUGACAAUCCCUUCUUUGAUUCCAUCGUGUUCACUGUGUUGGACUAGUGCUAGUCCUAUCGAUAAUGAACCCAGAAAUGUGAAGCAUUUCCAUUCGUUCAGCUCAUGCUCCCUAUUGCCUAGCUCCGCCCCGGCUUCACUUCAACUUUAUCAUGCUGCCCUUGAGACCAAAUAUAAUCUUCUUUCACAAGAUGAAAGCCGAACAAAUGACCAGGAUGGUAAGUGUUGAAGUUGAGUGUUUGGAUUCUCAUGUCUUUUGAAUGACAGAUCUACUUGGAUGAUGUUUCUUCAGCUUCUUGUUGCUUGUAAUUCUUCCAAGGGAAGAGCAUGCUUUAAGCAUUGAUUUGGCAAGCCUGCUUUUGCCAAUUAAUUUUGUGUACUGGAGUUAUGAUCGCAGUUUAAUUAGAAACUAAAAGAUUUGAGCUAUAAAAGCUGAAGUCUUCUUCUGUUUU